UGUCCUAUGGUGGACGUACCCACCGUCAUCGACGAUUCAUAUAGAUGCGAAGAGAUUCGUGCCAGUCCUAAUCGCGGGUGGAGAAGGUACCGUCUUUAUGGUGAUGUGGAGCUAAAAAGUCAAUAGUUACGCAGUUGACCACAGCCCCGUUCACACAUAGCAGCUAUUGUGGUAACUUGUAGAAGGGGAAAGGUUGACGGCCGGAAGUGAUUUUCUGAACGCGGUAGUGGAGUAGUCUAGAAGCUAACUGGUCAAUAUAUUACAGUUGGCUGAAAUCAGGGGAUAUAUGCUCGGUGGUAAUUCAUCGGGAAAGCUAGGCAUACACUGUCCCUCUUGCGAUUCAACUCCUUUUUAGAUUGGAAGAUUUGAAUCUAGUCAUGGAAAUUGAAGAGCUAGAGGAGGCGGAAGGGGAUCACACUGAUCCCGUCGUCGAUUGUGAGAUUGCCGCUACGGGCAAUAUUUGUGUAAUUAAACAAGCGAGGAGAAAAAUUGCAAGGGACGGGCCGAGUGCUCGAAUAGCUCCCAAUGAAGAGAGCGCAGUUGGACGUGCGCUUCGUCAAGCUGAGAGGCAUCCUGGUCAGCCAAUAUUCUACCCACAUGAAGGAAUAGUAUUUAGUAGCUGUGAAGAGGCUAGAGAUUUUUUCAACUUGUACUCUUGGGAAAUCGGGUUUGGAGUUCGGUUUGGACGGAGUAACAAGAAUAAUAAGGGAUAUACUACUAGACAAGAUAUUGUAUGUUCAUGUGAGGGUUCUCCUCGGCAUGAUAAUUCUGCCUCAGUAAGGACUGGUUGCAAAGCAAUGGUAAGGUUGCUUAGAACAAGUGAUCACGGGUGGUAUAUUAGCAGAGUUGAUACAAAUCAUAAUCACAAGUUUUCAGAAGGAUAUGCAGAGAAGAAGCAAUGGCUGUCACACAGUAUGAUUGAUCCAACAACGAAGCAUUUUAUUAAGAAAUUAAGAGAUAACAAUAUCACGAUUGGCAGGGUGUGUAGCAUAUUAGGAGUGUGUAGCAGCAGCCCUAUGAAUCCAGUUAGGAAAGAAACAAUUAGGUCGCUUUGUGCUAAGGUAGCACGAGAGAACAUGGCUGAUGAUAUUGGCAAAACGCUGAAGCUGUUGACUGAAAUGAAGAGCAAAGACCCUCUAAUGGCUGUUAGGUUCAAGCUGGAUAAUGAAGGCACAAUUAUAUCCAUGCUCUGGUGUUCUGGGAAGAAUAUAAUUGAUUAUAAGAAUUUUGGUGAUGCGGUGACGUUUGAUACGACCUAUCGAACUAAUUUGUAUAGUUUGCCAUUUGGGAUUUUCAUAGGUGUGAACUCACAUUUUCAAUCAAUUAUAUUUGGUGGUGUCCUUUUGACAAGUGAGAAAGCCGAAGAUUUUCAAUGGGCAUUCGAAAACUUUGUGGAUAUAAUGGAAGGUUUAGCGCCGACGACAAUAUUGACUGAUCAAUGUGCGGCAAUGGCCAAGGCUAUCAGGGUUGUUAUGCCUGGGACACGUCAUCGAUGGUGCCGGUGGCAUGUGCUUAAGAGUUCUAAGAAGAGGCUAGGUAAAGUCCAUGGAAAACAUAAGAAGUUCAAAUCAGACUUUUAUAAUCUAAUCAGUAACGAGUUGUCUGUGGAGAAGUUUGAAAAUUCGUGGAACAAACUUAUUGAAAAGUAUAGUCUUCGCAAGAACAAGUACAUGCGGCGGUUAUAUAGGUAUAGGGAAAAAUGGGCAAAACCGUACUUCAUGGGUGUAUUUUGUGCUGGAAUGACAAGUACGCAAAGGAGCGAAAGUGCAAAUCAUAUGCUCAAGCGGUAUAUACAAAAGGCAGCUCCUAUGCACUUGUUUGUUAGUAAGUUUAAUGAGUUUUUAUCUGACCGAACAGAGCAAGAGGCUCGUGAGCAGCACGUCACAAAAAUGGUUUCUAGGAAAAUGAGAGUAGGUGUUCCAAUUGAGGAGCAUGCAGAUCGUAUAUAUACUCGGGCCAUGUAUGAGAAAUUUUAUGAUGAGUUAUUUGAGGCUGGCAAGUUUCGUGUUUUGCGUGAGGAGGGAGCGCAAUGUUACACAGUUGAAAGAGCUAGAGUUAAUAGUGUUGAUGAGGAUGAAAGAUAUGUUGUAUAUGUCAAUGGAGAGGAGUCUAUUUCUUGUCAGUGUGGGUUCUUUGAGCACAUUGGCAUGCUUUGCCGGCAUGCUAUCAAGGUUUCAAUCUCUACUUAACUUUUUUUUAGAUUAGUUGCAAUGUACAACAUACAUCUAUAUCUGGAUUUAAUACAUUGUUUGAUCAUUGUCA